CAGCGUGACUACAUGCUAUAGCAUUACACCUGCCAAUGCACACAAUCUGAAGAGAUUUGUACAGGACACAUUCUGAUCUGGCACUGACUAGAAUAUUCAUACAGACUCGUUAUCCAGUGUUGUCCCUACCAAACAUUUACAUGUGAUGGUGACGUCAUGGCGACGAUUUAUGACGGGGAUAUUCCGCAGCCUUUACAGAAUAUAAGUUGCCAGGAUUUACUGAGAACCGAUAACACGUAUAGCGGAUGGCUUCGAAAACGUCACUUUGUCAACAAACUUGAAAUAUUCAAUUGGCCUCAGGUCUACGUGGUUCUCAGCAAGGGUUGUAUAUAUUAUUUUAAAAAUGAGUACAGCAACAGGCCACUCGGCAAGUUUGCCUUCUAUGGGUAUAACAGCGUCACACGGUCGAAGGCUGUAGCACCGAAACAGGGACCAUGGGCUUUCCAGGUCGUUCACACUCACAAAGAAUUCAAAUCAUAUUAUUUCGCUGCGCCAUCAGAGAGAGAAAUGAAGGAAUGGAUGAAACACGUGAAAGGUACAUUGGUUGAUGCCAAUGGCAAGUCAACAGAGUAUUACACCUACCAACGAGCUGCCCAAGCCAGUAAAAAUAAACUUAUUGAUGAUGAAGCUGUGACGUACAAUGAAAUAGAGACAAAUAUUUACGGGGACACGCCCUCCUUUACACUUGAAAAGGAUUACAAGAAGAAAUACAGAAUUAAAAUGGAAAAUGAAGCAUCUGACGACGAGGAUGAUGUACCCAGCGAACCUGCCGCGCGUCCUCCGGAACUACCACCAGCCCGAGGCAACCGGCCACAGCAGCCACUUCCGGGCAUGUCAGCAUUGGGCCUUGCCCUCCCAGUUGUUCCGGGGCCUAGCUCCAACACACUUAGUAGGGGUCCCCUUCCAUCAACGCCUGAUAGUCCUCCGUCUGUGCCCCCUCGAAAGGAAACCAAGGAAAACAUUGAAACAAAAGGUCACAAGAAAAGAAAAAAAACUUCAAACGAAACACACAAUGGGCGGACUGGACCGGAGCCAAAUCCGUACGAGAAAGCUAAAACACCGCAACCGGAACCAGAACCAGAACCGGAACCGGCUGUCGAUGAAAGGGAUUCCCGACAGGAACAAGACCAAGGGGAUGAAGGUUCAUAUUGGGACGAUAUUCACUUCAACGACACUGAUCCAGAAAAGGCCAGCGAGAUAAUUAGGAAGCUUGAAACAGAAGGCACAUUCUUAGUUCGUGAUGGCAGAAGAGGCAAGGUUUUACUUGUCUAUGCAGAAAAAAGUUUAAAGAAAUAUCAAAUCCAGCAAGAGAAAGACCAAUUCUUCCUGAAGAGAGAUGGGCCUCAUGCUGAUUCGUUAGAGGAACUUAUGUAUGAAUAUCACAUGGUAAACAUACCAAACUGUGAAGUGACACUGAUGCAACCUUAUCUCCAUCAUCCAUCUUACAAAAACUUCAAAUAAUACGUCGUUUUCGGAUUCCUUUUCCUUCCGGAUUUGACCAGAAUUUAGAUAAACAUGCCAAGUGAUAGGGGGAAAAGGGAUAUGUAUAUUUCCGGUUAACUCUUAAAUCUGACGUUCACAUUAACGUUAUGCAAAAACAUUGGUAUACGAUUUCAGACUGCAUGUUUAAAAAAGAGGGUUCUAGUCAGUAGAUAUCCUUUUAAUGAACGAUGUAAAAUUUUGUAUAUUUUCGUCCAAAUUUACCAAUCUUUUGCUUUGACAAAGUAGGCUAGAUACUGAUUUACCUUCAUACUGGAAGUAUACAUGCCCUCUUAUGUACCACGUGACUGCCAAAUCAUGUGAGGUUUGUUCCGGAAACUUGUAGGUCUAUCUCGGAAACGACAUAUUCAACCAACCUCGCCUUGUGUACUCAGUAGUAGAUGGCGCCCAUGUUCGUUUGGAAGGAGGCUUAAUUCACAACGUGAUAAGUGUCACUUGCAGAACUUGCCAGCUGUGCCGCGAACUUUUAGAAAAUCCCAAACUUGACAAUAUUAUCCUCAUCAAAACAUUUUUGAUGUGUGUGUCACGCCAAAGAAUUUAUAACUUUAACGUUUUAACCCUGUAUAUAUAAUGUCAGAACUUAUCAAAUGGUAGCUAGAAAAGGCAUAAAACAGUUCACACUUACCAAAAUAAAUUGUGACUCUGGUUUGUCUCUGCUCCUUAUGUUAAAUAAAACACCAGCCGGUGAGUAAAUUCCACGCUUUGAAUUUUCGAAACUAUCGACUAAAUUAGUCAGGCUUUGAAGUUGUGCAUCUCUCCUUUGUAAUCUUCAAAGGACAGGUAUCAGCCUAGCGAUUGGUCAGUUUGUUUUACCUGAGACCAAUCAA